ACAGUCAGCACAUGUUUAUGUACUCAUUACUCUAUAAUAUGCACAUAUUUUAUAAAAUAAAUAAUUAUUUACAAUAGUAUCUAGGCUGUAACCUAUAGGCCUAUAGCAUAAUGGUACGGCACAACAACCAGUUGCCUAAUAAUUUACCACAACUUCAGAAUCUUAUAAAAAGAGAUCCGGCAUCGUAUAAGGAUGAAGUAAGUUUAAGUUUAAAUUUUAAAAAUCUUUAAUUUAGUAUUUCAUACUAAGUACAUUUGUAGUUUCUACAACAACAACGUCAUUAUAAAUCACUUUUGGCCGUUUUCACAUUGCGCCCAACGGAUUUCAAUAAAAGUCUUGAUGAAUUAGUGAUGUUUAUGGCCCAGGUAGCACAUUGCUACCCUGGUGAAUUGUCUUCCUUUGCACAAGAACUUACAGAUAUUUUACAAACACAUGGACCUGUUUUAGAUAAAGAUAUGCGAAUGGUAUGCAAAAAGUGUAUUAUAUUUUAUUUUUGUGUAAGUACAACAAAAAAUGUACAUUUUUUCAGACGUUUUGCCGAGCUUUAAUAUUGUUACGUAACAAACGAUUAUUGACUCCAACAGAUUUGCUUUCACUAUUUUUUGGUUUACUGAGAUCACAAGAUAAGGAACUCAGAAAAUUUUUGGAAUCUCAUAUUGUUUCUGACAUUAAGAACUUAAAUUCCAAACAUAAAGAUGCAAAGUUAAAUCGGGUACGCGAUGAUUUAUUUUAGUUUAAUUUUACAUGUAUAUUCUAUCCUUAAAGCUUGCUACUUUGUAAUGUCUUUUUAGAAUCUUCAAAACUUUAUGUACACCAUGCUUAAAGAUAAUAAUGCUAAGGCAGCCAAAAUGUCAUUAGUGAGUAAAUUAAAUAUAAUAUAAAGUAAUAAAUUCAGUAAAAUAAAAUAAAAUAAUUUUAAAGAAUAAUAUUCAUUUUGUACAUUUUAUUUAUUUUAGGGCAUAAUGGUUGAUUUGUAUAAGAAAAAUAUUUGGAGAGAUACUAAAACAGUCAAUGUGAUAUCAACUGGUUGUUUUUCAAAAAUUACUAAAGUGAUGGUUGCUGCAUUAAAAUUUUUUGUAACUGUGGAUACAAACGAUUCCUCCGACGAAAGUGAUUCAUCAAGUUCAGAUGAUGUAAAUUUAUCAUAUAAUGUUAAUUUAUUAUUGUUAUUACCAAAUACAUUAUUUAUGUAUUUUAUAUUAAAGGAUACGCCCAAUACUAGAGAAGUAAUUAUGGCUAAUAAAGUUAGUAAAACAACUAGAAAAAGGACAAAGAACUUGAAAAAAGUUAAACGAUUAGUAGAGGUAAUAAAAUUGUAAUUUCAUAAAUUGAUUGUUAAUUUUGAAAAUAUAAUUUUAAAAACAACUUAUAUAUUUUUAGAAAAAUAAGAAAAAAAAGAAGCAAUCAUUCUCAUCUAAUUUUGCUGCUUUAACUCUAAUACAUGAUCCUCAAGGGUUUGCAGAGAAACUAUUCCAUCAAUUGGAAAAAAGACACGAGCGAUUUGAAGUGAAAAUGUUGACAUUAGAUGUAGUGUCACGUUUAAUUGGUUUACAUCAGUUAAUAAUUUUUAACUAUUACCCUUAUAUUCAAAGAUUUUUACAACCUCAUCAAAAAGGUUAAAAAUAAUAUUUUUCUUUUUCUUAAAUUUAUACAUAUUUAAAACAAAUUUCUUAAAUUAAUUUGUAUUUAGUAUUAAAGUUUAAAUUUUUUAAUGUAAUGUAUAGUUUAAUCUAACCUUUUUACUAUAAGUAGUUAACUUUCAUACUAUGAAUUUUGUUCAUGUAUUGUGAACCUUUUUUCAUUUGAAUCAUAAGAUACUCUAAAAUUCUUAAACACAAUUAGUUAAAGCCUUACUUACUAUUAAAUAACUUAGUAUAAAUUUUAUAAUUAUUUUAGAGGUAAUACGUAUGAUGCAAUUUAUUGCUCAGGCAUCACAUGAGCUUAUUCCACCAGAUGUAUUAGAACCUGUAUUACGCACAUUAGUGAAUAAUUUUGUUUCUGAAAGAAAUUCAUCUGAUGUUAUGGCUAUUGGGUUAGUUAAUAGAUUUAUUUCUCCGAAAUUAUAACUAUGCAUAAUAUUACAUGCGUUUCAGGUUAAAUGCAAUCCGAGAAAUGUGUUCCAGAGCACCUUUAGUAAUGACAGAAGAUAUAUUAAGAGAUCUAGCUCAGUAUAAAAAUUAUCGGGAACGUAGUGUGAUGAUGGCAGCUAAAUCAUUAAUACAUGUUUAUAGAGCUACUAUGCCACAUUUAUUGCACAAAAAAGAUAGAGUAUUUUUUUUAAAUUUAUAUUAUUGAUAAUGUUUAAUUAUGAUUAUAAUUUUAUACAUAUUUAGGGGAGACCUACUGAAGCUACACUAGAAAUUGUUGCAAAAAAAUAUGGUGAAGUGGAUGCAAAGGAAUUUGUUCCUGGUGCUGAAAUACUUCUUGAAACUGAAAAUACAAAGGCUGAUGAUGAUUCUGAUAACUCAGAUGAAGAAUGGGUAAAUGUAAGUCAAUCUGAAGAUGAAAAUGACAAUGACAAUGAUGAAGUAGAUGAAGAAAUUGAAGAGCAGGAAGAUGAAGAAAUUGAAAGGCACGAAGAUGAAGAAAUUGAAAGUCAAAAAGAUGAAGAAAGUACUUCUGAUGAAGAAGAUAUUGAUCAUAGUAAUUAUUCACAAAAAUCAUUAACAAUAGAAAAAAUAACACCAACAAAGAAAGUAGUUACUAAACAACAACAAUUAGCUGAAAAGAAAGAGAAAGCGGUAGAAGUUAGUUCAAUGAGAAUAUUAACCGAUGAAGAUUUUAAGCGGAUAGAAAUUGCCCAACUAAACAAACAGUUGACCACUGCCAGAAAUCGCAAAAGACCAGCAGAACCUGACACAUCAAGGUAAAGGAUAUUUUCAAUUUUGUACUAAAUGAUAAAGACUUUAAAAUCAUUUUUUUUUUCAGAGGAGAGUUAGUUCGGCUCAAAGAUAUUGAAAACAUUUACAAAAAAAGAAAACAUGAUAAACAGACAAGAAUAGAUUCUAUUAAGGUAUAAAGAAAUUAACACAAAAAAAUUACACUUGUUUAUAUUGUAAUAAUUUUAGCAAGGGCAAGAGGGCAGAGAAAAGUUUGGAUAUAAGGACGGGCGUUUGAAUCCAUUUUCUAGUAAGACAAAUCGAGAAAAAAAGAAAACCAAGAAUUUCAUGAUGAUUAAGCACAAGGCCAAGGGAAAAGUGAAGAAGUCAUUUAAGGACAAACAAGUAAUAAUCCAUUUAUUUAAAUAAUUAUGUUUUUCAAUAAAACUUACAAUAAGCGAGUUUAGAACCUAUAAUUUAAAAUUAAAAAUUCCAAAAAAACUAGAAAAACAUGAAAAUUAAAAUAUUUGAAAAACAAAAUUUUUUUGUCAUGUUUUAUGAUAUAAUCAAUCAAUAUUUAUUUGUUUACUGAUAUUAGUAAUUUUUUCUCUUGUUGAUCUUAGCAUUAAAAUCAUAUUUACAGUAUAUCUAAUACAAUUUAUAUUAUUAGUAACAUAUCUGUUCUUCAAUGUGGAUUGUCUCAUUCAUAAUUUUAAACACAUAUUUUUUUGUUUUUUACUUGGUUGGUUUCCUAAUUUUAAUAAUCAGUCUAUUUAACACUAUUGAUAACUAAAGUACUGAUAAAUGCGACUUUUUUUUAAUGUCCUUAAGACUCCAGUCCCCAAUACUCUUUCAUUUUAUUUAAAAUCCACAUAUUGUCUUUUAAAAUUAGUCAGAGAACUGCUUCACUUUCACUAUUUAUAAUAAUUAAAGUAUCUUGCGAUUUAUAAUUUUGGACUACCACUUACUGGUAUAUAAUAUACAAUACACAUCUAUAAUUUAAAUAGAACAAACACCUAAAUCUAUAAAGUGUCUUCCAAUUAGACGUUACACACAUAAUUUAAUAUUCACAAAUGUAUGUAAAAGAAAAAUGAUCAUAAAAAAUAAAAUCAAAUAAAUAAAUAUAUGAAUUAAAAUAAUAAAAAAUAACAACAUUAGUUUCUAAAUUGAUUAGUGUCUUCCUAGUAACAAAUUAAUUAUAUAAAAACAUAAAAAGGAUAAUAUUAAACUAACAAAAAUAAUUAACAGUAGGUAUGAAAAAAAAAAUUUCUUAGGAUAACUGGGACGGGUGUAGCCACUCUUAUAGGUAAUUUAAUGUACCCCUGUAAGCAACGAUAAACUAUUGCUUACAAAAAAAAGAUUCUGAGCGCAGUUCAGUUAAUAGUGAUGCUUUGUCAACGAUUUGUAUGUCAAAUAGUAAUAAAAUAAUUGAGGAGACUUUCUGUAUUUUUUUUUUGAAUACAAUUUGUUAAAUGUACCAAUUUUCCCAGUUUCCCUAUAUUUAUCUAUGUUUUUAUUCUGGUUUUUCACAUUUUCCUAAACAGAAUCCUUGUCCUUGGCACCACAUUCCCCACGGUCUUCUUUAUAGACCAAGAUCUAGCAGUAAGCACAGUACACUCCCAUAUAUUAACCCCAUUCAUAUACAAAUUAAACAUACAUUUUAUUUAUUUCCCUUUCAUAAUAGUGUCUAUAAUUUGAUAAUACUUUUUAUUUUAAAUAAUAUUAACAAUGUUUUGGGCACCACUGCCUCCCUUGUCUCCUCUGAAGCUGCCACUGGUAGACAUACAUUUUAUUUUAAUAAAAUAAAAUUUAUUUAAUAACAAGUAUAAAUUAUAACACAUUGUCUACAUUAUUUUGUUAUCGUUGUCCACUAUUAUUAUUUAGUGUAAUACUAAAAAAAGUAUUUCGAAUAAUUUAAUCUUUUACAUUCUUUUACAUUCUAUAAAAGAUUUUAUAUUUUUAACUACACUAUUAUUUAAUUAAUUAGGCAAUUUUUAGUUUUAAAAUUGUUUAAUCAAAUAUAACUUUAUUUAAAAACAGUAUAAAAAUUAAAACUUUUAAUACAUAGUUUUUAAAUAAUAAUUUUUUUGUUUUUUAUUUACAGAUUGCAUUGAGAAAUCAUUUGGUGAAAUUAAAGAAAAUGAAAUAACAUACAUGUAUAUAUAAAUAAAAAAAUAUAAAUGAUUUAUUCAUGAGCAUUAUCAAAAGAUGUCAAGUAUAAAUGUUAAAUAGUAAUAAAUGAAUUACUGGAAUAUGUAGGGGAUAUUUUUUUAAUCUACUAUCUCAAAAACCACCGUUUGUAUAUGAUUACAAUUGGUUCAAAUUGAUUUAGUUUGGUAGUUGAAAAGGACAUGAUACAUAAACUCAUUGAGCAAGGUUAGGAUGUAGUGUUCAAAAUAUGUAUGAAAAUUAGAAAUCAUCGUCAUUCGUUUUAUUCAUUUAUGUAUUAGGCAAAGAUGUACAUUUUUUUUCUUUACUGCCGUCACAUUAAUUAAAUAUAAAUUAAUAAUGAUUAUUAUUUAUUAUUACUUAUGAAUAGAAAACUUGAUUUAUCUAUAGAUGUAUACUUUUAAAAGAGUAAAAUAUUUAAAGUUUAAUAAAUUUGUUCAUAUUAAUUAUUAAUUUAAUUAACUAAAUUUUAUUAUAAAAAUAGUUCAUGAAUUAAAUCAUUCAUUUUGAGCUAC